AUGGAUCUAACAUUACGAAAAUCUUACCGUAGCCAGCUAACGAGACUAGUAAAUACAGUGGACGAAGUUUUACAAGAUGAAAGCGUGAGUGUAGAUGAUAUUGCCGUACUUCGCGAACGUAUUGAAGGUUUGAAAGCGUCUUUGAAGGAUUUAAACAAUAAAUUAGCGCCUUCCUUCAAAGAGGAACAAUUUGAGGAUGAGUGUAAGAAAAUCGUCGAGUAUGAGGAUGCUGCAACCAAGGCUAUUGCACAGCUGCGACGUCGAAUACAGUCAGACGUGCAUUUGCGUGAAGAGUUGCAUCAGGAGUUGGACGAUGCCGCAUCAGGGAGUGAUUCAACCCAUCCUAAGCGAUCCAGUAAUGUGGGUAAUAAUCAAAAAAGUAACUACCAGAGAACGGUAAGACUACCGAGAAUAGAAAUUGCAAAAUUUAGUGGUGACGUCUCUUUAUGGCCGGAAUUUUGGGAACAGUUUAACGUCGCGAUUCACCAAAAUAAUACGUUGGACAAUAUCGCUAAAUUUGCAUAUUUAAAAUCUUAUUUAACGGGUAAAGCGUUGAUUACUAUAUCAGGUUUAGCGUCGGGUAAAAAUACAUACGACAAUGCUUUAGAAUUAUUGAAAUCCGAAUAUGCAUGUACCGAAAAGAUUAUAGAUACUUAUGUACAAAAAUUGUGGUCUAUGCCGCAGUUAAAACAUGACAAAGAUACUUUCGCUUUAAGAACUUUGUUUAAUACCGUGACAACAAUUAUAAAAUCGUUAUCUACGUUAGGCAUUUCGGCAGAUCAGUACGGUUUAUUGGUUAAGUCAAUCGUAUUUAAAGCCCUACCGUAUUCUAUGCGUGUCACGUAUAAAAAACAAAGGUUGCGAGCAGAUUCUGGUCGUGAACAUGCAGAUAACGAGUCAGUAGCGUUGGGAAGUAUGGUUUCCACAGAAAGCGUCGCCAAAACUGGAGAUUUUGAUACAGAAAUUAAGGAGCUUUUACAUUUUAUUAAGGUCGAGUUAGACUCUAUCGAACAAGCGAGUGGUACAUCUAGUAAUCAUGACACAAAAGACUUUAAAAAACCGAAUAGGUUUGUGCGUAACGAAAAAAGUACUAGCGGGUACGGGAGCGAGUACACUGCUGCGGGUUUGUUUACCGGUGUAAAUGAAAUGUGCCUUUUUUGUAAAUCAAAAUCACAUUUAACGGCUUCUUGUGAUAGUUCGAUUAGUAUUAACGCGAAAAAAGACAUACUUAAAAGUAACAAACUUUGUUUUAGAUGUCUUAAACCUAAUCAUAACUCUAAGUUUUGUAAAACUAGAAACAUUUCGAGCAAUAAAUGUAAGCGACGUCACGUGACCACCAUGUGUGAAAGUCAUAAAUUUUCCGAUUUUAACGAGAAAAAGGAUCUUUCGAAUAACCCUUCGAAUAAACCUAACAAUGGAUCUGUAGCACUAAUAGCGGGUGGUAUUGUUGACAAUAUUUAUUUAAAAACUGCUUGUGCGUUUGUUUUAACAAACAGUCAAGAGACACUCAUACGAAUGGUUAUUGAUGGCGGAAGUCAAUUGUCCUUUAUUCGAGAAGAAGUUUCGCACAAAUUAGGGCUGCCUAAAAUAGGUACCCAUAGAAUUUCGAUUCAAGGUUUCGGACAAAGCGCUCGAGUUCCUGCAAGACUUUGCAAUAGAGUAAAAGUAAAGCUAAAAAGUCAGUUUAACGACACGGUUGUUGAAUUGUGCGCCAUAGAAGUACCGCAAAUAUGCUUUGAUAAUUUGAAACCACCCUCGUUAAUGAAUCCUGUUAUAAGGGAUUUUAGUUUAAAGAAUAAUUUAGCAGACUUGGUUAAAACCGAUCAACCUGUAAUUAGUGGAUUUUCUUUAUUGAUUGGCUCAAAUAACUAUUGGAAAAUUGUAUCAAAUAGUACUGUUAAUUUAACAGAGAGUUUGAAGGCCAUUAAUACGCAGUUUGGGUGGACACUACAUGGUGUUAGCGAGCUUAACGAUGAAGCAUACUUAGUAAAUUUCACUGAAACCGUGGUGCUUCACGCGCAAUCAUACACAUCUUUUAACGAUUUAUCGCCAGAUAAUGCUACCGAUUCAAAGAAAUUAUGGGAUUUAGAAACGUUGGGGAUAUCAGCGUACAGUAAUAUUGAAAGAAAUGAGUUUACUGAAAGUGGAUGUGUGGCUUAUAUUGAUAAUUUAGUUAGCGGAAAAUGUAGUUUUAUUGCUUCUAAACAUAGAGGAGCUCCUUUAAAUAAGAAUAUUAAAAAAAUGUUCACUUUACCGAAGUUGGAACUCACUGUAGCUUUUUGUGCUGCGCGAUUAUGCAAUUAUUUACUACAUAAAAUUAACUUACCGGUAAAAGAUGUGACUCUCUGUUCUGAUUAUUGGAUUAAAGGAGUAAAUAAGAAAUGUGAACCUUACGUAAAAAACCGUGUUUUAGAGAUAGACAAGUUGAAGAAUAACGCGACAUUGAGGCAUUGUCUUGGUGAGGAAAAUCCUGCCGAUCUGAUUGCAAGAGGAGUGAAUUCUGCAAAUGUUUUCAUUAAUUCAGAGGUUUGGCUUAUUGGUCCGACUGGGCUUACUUUAGACAAGGAAGUGUGGACAGAAAAUCGAAGUUUACAGGUUGAAGAUAGUAGCAUACUUACCUGUCAAGCAGACUAUGAAGAAGUUAAAGAACCAGCGUCAAAAUUGAAUUUAUUAUUUGAUUCGGAUAGAUAUAGCGAUGUAGAAAAUAUUAUCAGAAUAACGGAAUACGUGAGAAGAUAUUUAAAUAAUCUAAAUAGAAAGAAAGUUAAGAUUUCAGGGAGAUUCACCGUAGACGAUGUAAAUAAAGCAGAAGUUUAUUGGGUUAAAGUUGUUCAACAACAGGAAUUUAGUAAAGAAGUAUUUAACUUAAAUAACCAGACACCUAUAGCUACUCAAACUAAACUGCUGGAGCUUAUACAUUGUUUGGAUCAGAAAGCAACGUUAUCAUCAGCAAUACGGAAGAGAUACUGGAUAGUAAAAGUCAGACAAUCUAUUAAGACAUUUAUUAAUAAGUGUUUAAAGUGUAAGCGUUUGAAGGGAAAUCCUGCUGAUCAACUUUUUGCACCUUUACCGAAAGAUCGUGUAACGUUAUCGCGUUCUUUAGACGUAACGGGGAUAAUGCAGCUUUAG